UUUCUCAGAAUUACCAAAAGAUGCUCACAAGUUUCAGAAUUUUCAUUUACACCCCUCUUCAACCCAUCACGUUUUCUACUCCCUCAGCUUCUAUCUUCUACAAUUUCCUCGUUAACAGCCCAUUUCUCACGCAAGACCCGAACCAAGCUCACCUCUUCUUCGUACCCUUCUCUCCUGACACUUCCACGCGCUCUCUGGCGCGUCUUGUUCGCGAGCUCAGAACCAAGUAUCCUUACUGGAACCGCACGCUUGGAGCUGAUCACUUCUUCAUCUCCCCUACAGGAAUUGACUUCUCUUCUGACAGGAAUGUUCUCGAGCUCAAGAAAAAUUCAGUUCAGAUUUCCGUUUUUCCCACUAUCUCCGGUAACUUUAUCCCUCACAAGGACAUCACUUUGCCUCCUGUGAACCCUUCCUCACUCGCACUGUCCCACGCGCCGGUGAAUGAGGCUCUGUCGUUUCUGUGUUAUUUGAAAUGGGACGGGAAGACUGAGUCAAACUUGGUGAACGAGUUGAGGUUGGACCCAGAAUUUGUCAUCGAAUCUGAGCCGUCGGAUCAUCAUGUAGGAAGAGUCAAGAGUAGCAAGUUUUGCUUGUUCUUCUAUGACGCUGACGUGGCAUGGAUGGCAGAAGCAAUGGCGGCGGGAUGCGUGCCGGUGGUAAUUGUCGACCGUUCAGUUCAGGAUUUUCCGUUGACGGACGUCUUGAGAUGGUCGGAAAUGGCCCUGUUGGUCGGCAACCGCCGUGGGGCUGAGGGAUUGAAGGCCGUGCUGCGCGGUGUACCUGAGUAUCGAUAUGAGCGCAUGAGGGAAUUCUCUGUAGCGGCGACUCACCAUAUGGUGUGGAGCGCGGAACCUCAGCCACACGAUGCUUUUCACAUGGUGAUGUAUCAGCUGUGGAUGAGACGGCACACCAUCAGAUACGCUCGGAGGGAAGAUGCUUAGAAUUGAGAACUUUUCGCUUGUAGAGUAGUGUAUCAUUAAUCAUACUAUAGUCCUGAUUAGUGAUCAAUAAAUUAUGUGUAUUUUAGAAUGAUUGGUAAUUUAUUUAUUACUCCCUUCAUAAGAAAGAAUGAUUGUAGUGAAAUAAAUUAUUUAGUACACUUGAAGAAUGAUCUUUGAAAGU